AUCUUAAAGAAAUACAAUCAUUGGGAUUAUUUAUAUAUUAUUUCGUUAUAUAAUAUUGCUCUUAGUUAGAUAGUUACUAAAUAGAAUACAUUUAUGAUACUAUGAUAGAUUUCUUAUAGUCAGUUUUACAGACUUCACGAAGAAUUAUCUGUGACCCGCUGACCGAUUUUGUCGAAACGCGGAUGUCCUUGUCUCUCGCCACAAUAUCCCUUACAGGUAUUGUCCCUGAUUCGAUCUUUGUCCUUGCUCUGACAAAGGGAUCCUUUAGCCAUAUACAGUCAAGCUAUCUCGUUCCUGUUCCAUUCAGAAUUUACUUUUAACAUGUUUCGAGACGAUUAGUUUCGUUACAGGAAUAGUUCAUUACUACGAUAAAGAAAUUAGAAAUAUAAAUACUUGCCUAUAAUUUUUAAAAUACACACCUACAAAAAUAUAUCGAUUAACAGAUUCGUUACAGUUCAUUAGUAAAUUAAAAAAGGAGAUUUCAUAUAUUUCAAUUUGACAUUUCCGAAUAUCUCAUCAUACUUUAUAUCUUUUCCCAUUUCUUUAAACAAAACUUGGUAAUGGUAUAUCAAUUCGGACAAUCGAUUUGCCUAUGGAACAGACUACUGGUCCCAGAUUGGAUUCAACUCGAUCUCAUCGGUACCAAUAGUUCGGGUGUGCUUCGUGCUGCUCCGGCGAUCUUCGCCUCCCACUGGGAGCACUUCGGCGGCUGGGAGAUCCGUCAGAAAGCGCUCCACGGACGAACAGUAUCGUGAGCGCUGGCCACGGCAGCAUGCGCGGGAAUUUGGUUUGCCGUUCGUUUUUCGAUUAUCCACGCUGUGGCAUUUUACUCGUCACUUGACGACUUGUUCAACGACGAUUUAAACGACUUCUCUUCUUCUUGUCACGUGUGCACUCGUACUUGUAAUCGAAAGAACAAGAUAUCGAAGAAUUGUUAUCCACUUGAUCCAUCUAUCUACGGUUUUGAAAGCAGCGGUCAUUGGAGUAUCGAUAAGAAUCAGAAAAGUCAGGUAAUCGGAUAAGAAGGCAGACUUUUGUUGGAGGAAUUCGUGAACCAAUAAUUUCACUUCCUGUCACGACAGCCUCUAACAGCACUAGGAUUCACCAGCAGGCAUGAUCGAAUGAUGGAGGUGAUUUCAACACGGCGAUACGAGGCUCGUCCACCGUCAGCGAGCGUUCCACCGAUUCUCAUCGACCCUGAGAAUUCCGUGGCUUUGGUCAAAGAAGAGGAAUGGGAGACUCGAAAGAAAAAAGAAAUAACGACCACCAGACAGAUCGAGACGAGAGUGAAGCGACAGGUUGUACUCGAGGAUGGCGAGGUCGUGGUCGAUUCAGGGCCUCUGGUUACCACGAAUACUACCGAAGACGUCGAGCAACAGGAGCAUACCACGCAAGAAAGACGAACAACCGGUGAUCAACCACAAGAAGUUGAAUGGCCAACAGGUGGAAGAAACUCUGCCGAUGCCGGUAGCAUUGUCCAGAAGGAAUUAAACGAGACGGUAGUGAGGAGUCGCGAGGAAAUCGAGGAGAGGCUGGAGACAGAAGAUCGUCAACAAUUGGGAGAUAUCUCGGACGAGGCGUAUCAGAAGGCUGUAAGAAGCAACCGGGGCGAUCUGAGAGUGGCCCUUGCUGAAUCUUCCAAGCAAUUGGCGUCUCAAACGGGUCCCAGGGUCGUCCAGCACACGACCAAGUCGAACAAGGUGAUCGACACUGAGAAAACCUUGGAAAAGAAGGAGCUUAAAGCCGAUGGAUUGAUCGUUACUGAGAGGAAACGAACGGUUGAGCAUGAGGAGAUUAAAGACCACGAGGUUCCCGAUGACGGAAGCGACAUAAAUGGUGACGACGCGUCGGAGAAAAAAAAGGAAAGCUCGCAUAGGUUCGUUAAAAAGAGGGACGAGGACGUGGUCGACUAUAUCUCAGGUGGCGAGAGGGUCGCCCGUGAAAUGCGCUACGUCGCAGAGACCACCGAGGGAGAACGAAUCGGAGAUUGGACAUCAUCGCCUACAGCCAUGCGAACUACUCGUUUCCAUAAACAUUCUGGCUUUCCCGGAGAGAGCUUCCCAACACGGAAGGAUGUUUUAACAAAAAAACCAUUGGAUUUUGAGGAGGAAGAUGAAGCGAGAAAGUUUGAAACGUCUAAAUGGUUGGAGAGCCAUUUUGGUAGCGAGUCGCGUUCUUCUCAUGGAUCCAUCGAUGCUGACGACUCUCCUCUUCCAACUAGCGCGAAUACCAGCUACAUUAACAUUACUAUGAAGUCUUGUGCUCCUAAGGAACGGGAUUAUCAGAAUGUGAACUCUAAUCGACAUCAACGACGCAGUACUGGUCGUGAUUCAGCGUCACCUUCGGGAUAUUUUCACGGCAUAAGCGAGUGGUCUGAGAGAUACCAAGGGAAAGAGAGACAAAGUCAAGCAAGAACAAGUUCUCCGCAAUACGUCGAAGCAGCUCAUACAAACGGAUAUGCUCAGGAUCACUCAAGGAACCAAGGUGAAUCGACGUACUCAAAAACUUAUGAAUCUGUUCUUCGUCGCGAACACCAAGAAUCGUUUGAUCGACCACGUACUCCACCAUCUCCACCUGUUCGACGAAGGUCGAAAGAACAGUGGAUAACGAGGUCCGAAGAAAAGACCAGUUUAAACGACUCGAUACCAGGUCGUACUACCAGCCCAGUUCACGUCGUACAAAGAACUUGGGAAAGUCGCAAUCGAAAUGUCCAAGAGCAGGCAGUGGAGCGAGACAACUGGAAGAAAUCAACGUCAAGAUCUCGAUCAACGUCACCCAUGCCAGAAUUGAAUUCACGCGACAGUAAAAAAUCAACUGAAUUUUCGACUUCGACUCCUGCUCGUCCCGCAAAAAGUUCGGGACAUUCGAAAUAUAAGAUCGGCGAGUCUUUCAGGAAACUAGUAGGGAAAUUGCGCUCUGCUAGCAGCGAAAGGAAGAAUAAACGGUCCAAUAGCAGCUCUAUUUCUCAAUUGACUCAGACUGACGACAGUGGGCCGACCUACAUGCAGUACAAUGUGAUCGACAAAAACAUUCCUCUGAUAAACGAAAGGGAUACCGAGGAAAGGCCUCCUGAAAGACCACCUAGGAACCAUGCUACCGUGAACAAUAAUUCGAAUAAGAUCUCGAAAACAGCGAAAACUAGCGCCCAAGUGGUACAAGAACAAUGGCAACGCAGCGAAUCAACGCCACCAUUGCACAGGUAUUACCUCGGAGAGGAUCCCUUCGGAGGAAGCAUCUACGGCCGCGAAAAAGGAUACCGAGAUGCGAGAAGAUCUGGGAAACCACGUGGUAGAGCUACCGCUGAAACCGAGUACAGCGUCGCAUCCAGUUCACUUGGCAGAUUUAGCAAGUCAACCAGUCGGCUAGUCAACGAUCACGAGCGAGAGGAACAUUUUAGGAGCACUCAAACCUUGCCGAGGAACCUGCAUGCCGGAGGACAAUACGUACGGUCGCAGACUCUAGCAAGACGCCAGCAACCGGUUUCUAAUGCAAUCAAAUUGGGAACGUCACACGCCAUCGUUCCGUCAUCGGGGAACCAGUCGCGUCAGUACGGAAGCAUGAUCAAUAUCUCCAUCAAGAACACGGUUACGUCGCCAAAGGUGGCGGUACCGACCAACGUCCAACCGCCGGCCAAGCCGGAACGAAGCUACAGAUCGUCGUUGUUACGUAGCAAGAGCUUUAACGUCGAAGCUGACAGAAACGGCACUGACACGGCACCCCCCAAAAUACCGUACACAUCUAACUUGCAAUUAAAUAGAUUGGACGAGACACCUCCGUUGAAGAGUCCCGGCAUUUUGGCCAGUAUCAGUCGUAGUAACAGGGAUUUGUUGAAAAGCAGCAGACACGAGUAUUGAAUAAUUUUCAUUAAGUCGAUUUAAGUUGUUCAGUUGGAGACUUUUUAAUAAUUUUAUAAUGAACUGCUUUCUUCGAUAUAAUUGAAGUGGAAUCUAUUAUGCGAUUAUUAAUUAUCAUAUAUGAUUGUUUAAGAUUUUUUUUUGUAUAGUGUAAAGUGUAGUAUAGUGAUAUUAAUAUUGUCCAUGUAUAUCGUGAGAGAUAGACACGUUUUGUAUGAAUCAACGAGAGCGUGUUUUGUUCUAAUAUUUUCAGACAGGUUCUUAUUACAGCACAGUUCAUGCGAGAUUUAUUUAAUUGUUUUCACUUACGUAUUCAAUUACAAUCCAAGAUUACAUAUCAGGUUGGUAGAGGAGGAGAAUGAGAUAGCGAUAGCGAUUCAUGUUUAAGAAUAUGUGAUUGAAUGUAACGUUAAAUUUCGGGAUAUUUUAUUACUAUAUUAUAUUAAUACAAGGUGAAAUUACAAUUGUCCAGAUUUGUUGCAUUUAUAGCGUUUAUUCCGUAAUCAUCAAAUGAAAUGUAUUAAAUAGUACAUACAGAUUCCUUCGAUACAAUGUGAAAAGUUUUUAAUAAAUCACAGGAUAUAGACGUUAAGUAAACAAUAUCUAUGUAUUAAUAUCAUGAUUAAUCCAUUCUUAACGACUUUUCAACAAAAUUCGGAAGAUUUUAGUAAAAUUAGAUUUUUAAAGAUUCAUAUUUAUUUCGAUCUUUUC